AUGCUGCGUUGGUUGUUCCAAAGUGAUCAAGUCGCUAAAAGUUUCGAUUCUCCAUCCGAGACUCAAAGUGCUCGAGAUGAUCGGAAAUCGAUCGGCGACUUUGCCGAUAAUAUUUUACUGUUUGAUUUGGUGAUUGGAGAAAUCGAAUUGGCAGUUGUACGGUUUGAAUUGGAAAAAGAACAAAAAGAAGAGGAAGAGAGAAAAGCCGAACGGCGACCGGAUUACUCGUGGUUGGUGACUGGAGGAGCACGAAGACAUCGGAAGCAGCUCAGCCUUCAAGAGAAGAAUCGAAUCGAGAAUGCGUGCGAGCGUCUGAAACCAUGUGAAUGGUCGAAAACAAUUGACACGUGGAAGACGAGAACUCAAUCUCCCACUUCUCGUGAUCAAAUCAUCGAAGAAUUUGUGUUGGCCACCCACGGAACCAUUCAAGCAAGAAAGCAUGAGCCAACAAUCUCAGAAGUGCUCAAGAACUUUGCAACUGGAAAAGCUGGAAAUCUUCAUACUGUGCGACACGGUGAAUUGCCAAGACAAGAUUCGAAUCGGAGUCUUGCAGAGCUCUCGUUCAUUGAGUUACAGGAAAUGGUUUAG